AUGCUUCUUUCCGACAUCAAGAAGGAAGAGGACGACGACGUCAUCGACAUCACUCAGCUACUGCCCAGCGAUGAUACCAAUGACAGUCUAUUUCCUAGCCAGCCAGCCUCUCCCGCUCCUGGACCGAUUCCGUUCCGUGCAAAGAAAUCUUUACAAAGGCGCCGUCAAUUCCCUGAUAAGUUCCCAUAUAGCAAUGACGAUGAUGGGUCAACUUUUGAUGAUGGCCCGACUUUUCGAGCUGGUCGUUCUUCUCAAAGGCCCCCUAUUAUGCUGAAUUUCAGGAGCAAGCCUCGAAACAAUCAAACCCCUGGCACGGUAAUUGGUGAUAAUUUUUUGUCCGAUCCGUGCGAUGAACCUCAUGUAUGUGAUCCAGUAGAUUGCUUGAAAGACAAAGUGGAAAGGCUCGUAUAUAAUAAAUGGAGAGAAAUGCAGCAAAAUCCUCGUUAUGCCGACAGUGCCUGUCGAGAAGUAUGGAAAGAAAUGCUGGACGCUUUCGAUGACGAAAGUUUGGGAGAUGUAGAAGAGAGGGAGAAAAUGCGUGCCAUAUACGAAUCGUCGGGCUACGACAACCGAAGAAUCACAAUUGCAAGAAAUAUAGGACGUCUCAGAAGGAUGAUGUAUAAGGAAGCACUUGAACAAGAGGAGGAAGGUGACGAUUCAUUGGCAGGGGACGACGAAACUUCUAAUCCUGCGCUCGAAACGGAUAAAGAACUUGCCGAAGAGUUGGUAUUCGACCCUGCCUUAGGUGAAGAGAAUAACACGGAAGAGUCACCACGGUCACCAUCAUCUUCAUACAUUGAAAAACUUGUUAAAACUGAAAAGUCUGAUCGGUAA